CUCACCCUUCUGAGUUUGCUGUAAAGACAUAACCGCCGAAUCUCAAGCGACAGGACAUGACUAGCAUUUUAAGAAGUAAAUAUAGUCUAUAGCAACUUUCUUAUACCAUUUAUUCACGCGAUGGAGAUUUGUCUGGAUUUGUAGCGCUUUAUUCCUCACGAAGACGUAACUGGCAGGAAAUCUAUUUCUAUCGUCCAAGAUUCCACAGGGUCUGAGUUCGUCAAAUUAAGAGGAUUCAAGACGAAAUUUCAACGGUGACUUCUGAAGUUGGUCAUGAAACCAUCAGCACUUCGCUUUCACAGUUGACCAGAAUUAUCCCAACAUAUGGCAGUUCGUAGAAGGUUUCUUUCUUCUCGCAAGCUGAAAAGACUUGGGAAAGCUUUCAUUUUAUUUACUCUAGUAGGGUUCUUUAUUUGGCGUUACAUUUUGAAGUCUUCACAACAACGGUUAAGAAAAAACAUCCAACCAGAAACUGGCACAACAACUGUAAAGCCUCUCAUGGGUGCAGUGAACGUUCAUACAUGGCGGAAUUUGUGUGGCUUUGACGUCUCACAACUCAGAGAAUCAAUAUUUUUCCCUUACUUUCCCGAUGAACAGUUUGAAGUAUUCAUCACCGACUUUAAAAUUCAAGACAACACAGAACACUAUGGUCAACGCAUUUUUGGCUUUUUAUACCCACCCAGGAGUAUGUCCUACCGUUUUGCCAUAGCUUCUGAUGAUGCAUCAGAAUUUUGGCUUAGUUUUAGUGAAGAUCCACGUGAAAAGGAAUUGAGAGCAAAAGUGUUUUCAAAGAAUGCUUCUGCUUGGACCACUGAAAAUGUAUUGGAUAAAUAUCCAGAUCAAAUUUCGAAAACAGUGAACCUAUUUAACGGCAAGAAAUAUUACUUCGAAAUUCUUCACAAACAAGGCACCGAGAAUGGUUUUGUACAGUUGUAUUGGAAGAGUGCUCUAGAGGAUGAUUUCAAACUGAUAAAUGCAAAUUACAUAUCCACCUACCCAAUCAAAAUUCCAGUUCCUACAGAGAAAAAAGAUGCCCUUCAUAUGUCUUUUUUAGGACAGCACCAACACGAACUAGCAUUGAGGAAAUCCAAAAAAUUUAGAAAGGAAUACUUGUCAUUCUAUUCUCUGCCAUUCAUUCCCAGAAUAAGUUACUUACCCUCGUGCGAAUACAAAAGCAGUUAUCUGCUGCAGCAAGGAGUUCAUACGUACGAAGGGGUGAAAGCGGUUCCUGAAUCGAUCGUAUAUCCUGAGGACGAUACUGCAAUGGGUGACCUAGGCUACCUAAUAUCUUGGCCAAAUAAGGUUGCCAACAAGGAUGUAAUUCAAGCAGUUGUGGAUAAGCUUAUGACUUCUUUGAGACUGGGAACAUCCAAAAACUAUUUUCUAAAGAGAAUCCACAAAAUACUGCAGAGGACAGAUCCAGUUUACGGAGAUCGUUACUCUGUUGAGCUGGAGGUCGGUUUAGAGGGUACUAAACAGUCGUUUCGCCUGUCAGAACACGUCUUUCAAGAAAAGGUCAAUCACAGUUUGUGCUUCCAGGACGGUAUGGCUUGGAAUAAAGAGGCUAAAGUGUACUUCAUAGUCCCUGUCAAGGAUCAAGGAAAAUGGGUUUAUCACUUAAUCAACGAGCUCACCAUUGCUAGCUAUUUGACCGCUGAUACGAACUUUCAUGUCAUUAUCGUUGACUUUGAGAGUAAAGAUAUAGAUUUGCCAAAGGCGUUUGAUACCUCUCUUCUUCGCAACAGACAUACGAUUAUUUCGUUACAAGAUAAAUUUUUCAAGACUUUGGCGUUAAACACAGCAGUUGAACAUGUUCCAAGUGCGCAAGAUUUACUGUUUCUGUUUGAUCUCCAUACUGACGUACCAGUAGAUAUGUUGGACAGCGUUCGCAAGAACACAAUAGAGGGACGCUUUGUUUAUGCGCCUGUAGUUGGUCGCUUAGAUUGUGGUAGCACAUACGUCGAUCACAAAGGCUUCUGGGAGCUAAGCGGAUAUGGUUUUCUCAGUGUAUACAAAUCUGACUGGCAACGCUUUGGAGGAAUGAACACUGCUCUCUAUCAGUACAAGUGGGGUGGAGAAGACUGGGAUCUACUAGACCGUAUUCUCAACGCGAAGCUGGAAGUCGAGAGAGUCAAGCAUCCGGGACUUUAUCACCAUUAUCAAAUCAAACAAAAGACAUGGAACUAGAAGCACCGAUGGUGUUUGUAUGAAAGUUAACUAGUUUAAAAAUGGAUAUCCUUUCUAGCUAUUACCAAGUUUAGAUAUAUUAUACUUGAUAAAUCCGCUUUUAUCAGGAAUAGAUAUACGUCGAGUUCUGUGAUUGUAUUCAGUUGCGUUCGGUAUAUUUGACAUGUGGAUAGAAUUAUCUUUCGUAUAAAUCUCUUGUAGCCCAAACUCCUCUCGAAUCCUUCCGAAACAACAAGCGAGGUAUAGAGUAAUUCAUAAAAAGAUGCUCAAAGGAGAAGGAAUUAUUAGAAAAUAUAUAUAUAUAUGUACAGAAGAAAGACAUAUUAUAUCCAUUUGUUUUUCUCAGUCAU